GCUAUGUCAAAUAAUUAGUUUGUAUCGAAACGUUGUGCUUUAAUUUAUAAUUAGUUCUAAAAUUAUAAAUAUAGUCGUAAUAAUGGACUACCUAUCGAAUAUCAACUGGAACAAAGUGACACCAUGUUUAGUGUUUUUAGUUUUAGAAGUUAUAUUAGAAUUUUCAGAGUGUACGACACAGGCUGAUGUGAACAAGCACCUGGAACUGGGUCGAGAUUUCCUCGCUCGUGGUCAGCUAUCUGACGCGCUCACACACUAUCAUGCUGCGGUUGAGGGCGAUCCACACAACUACCUCACAUAUUUUAAAAGAGGAACAGUGUAUUAUGCACUCGGAAAAGCAAAAUUUGCAUUACAGGACUUUACUAAGGUCUUAGAAAUGAAAGCCGACUUCACAGCAGCCCGACUCCAUCGGGCUAAUGUUUACCUCAAACUAGCACAGUACCAGGAGGCCAAAGAUGACUAUUUACAAGUCACGUACAGCGACCCCUACAACGAGGAGGCUCACGCUGGGUUCAAUCGAGUAGAUGAGCUGGCUGAGGAGCUACGGCUGGCGGAGGCCUACUACCGCGGCCGGGACUACCGCGCCGCCGUAGACCUCGCCACCCGCCUGCUGGAGACUUCGCCCUGGUCCGCCAGGCUACGGCAGUUGAGAGCCGACUGCUAUAUUGCACUGAAUGACCUAUUCUCAGCUGUGUCUGAUAUCCGUUCCGUGAACCGCCUCCAACAAGACUCCACAGAUGGCUACCAUCGCCUCGCUUCGCUCUUAUACCAGUUAGGACAUGUCAAUGAUGCUCUUAAGGAAAUAAGAGAAUGUCUAAAAUUGGAUCCCGAACACAAACUGUGCUUCCCGUUCUACAAGAAACUGAAGAAAGUUGAUAAGCUGCUGUUAGAUUGUGAGGAGCAGAGCCAGGCUAGGAACUACCUCGGCUGUGUGGAGAGUGCUAAUAAAGUCUUAAGAGUCGAAGAUCAGGUCACUCUUGUUGUGUUUGAGGCUCGCCGGUGGCUUUGUAGCUGUUAUGCUAAGGAGGAGCAGUACACGGAGGCGCUGACGGCGUGCGCGGGCGCUUUAGAGUUACAGCGGGACGCGCGCGUGCUGUGCGACCGCGGGGACGCGCUGCUGGGGCUCGACAUGUUCGACGACGCUAUCCAAUCAUACAAAGAGGCGUUAGAAGUAGAAGAGGGCCUUCAGAGAGCCAAGGACGGCAUCAGCAGAGCUCAGAAACUGCAGAAACAGUCCGAGCAGAGGGACUACUAUAAAAUCCUAGGUGUUAAGAGAACAGCGACGAAGCAGGAAAUAAUCAAGGCGUACAGGAAAGCGGCGCAGAAGUGGCAUCCCGAUAACUUCCAGGGAGACGAGAAGAAGGUCGCUGAGAAAAAGUUCAUCGACAUCGCUGCAGCUAAGGAGGUCCUGACGGAUCCCGAAAAGCGCGCCCAAUUCGAUGCGGGCGCGGACCCCCUGGACCCCGAGGCCGGCCGCAACAACUUCCAGGGCUCGCCCUUCGCGCACUUCCAGCACGGCUCGCCCUUCCAGUUCAAGUUCCACUUUAAUUAGCGACGCUACCACCCGACUACCGGCAGACUACCACCCGACUAUCGCCCAACUACCGGUAGACUAACGGCAGACUACCACACUUUCCGGCUCACUAACAUUUUACUAUCGACCUGCAUAUACCCACUACUAUUCACACGCCGACUUCCAGACUUCCACAGUACAUUACACAUACAUUGUUGUAGAAAUCUAAAUCAUAUUAACAAUUAUGUACUGAGACGCCUCGCUCGUAACGAGCCUCCACUCAGAGUUAAAAAGAUAACUUGAAUUUAUUUCUCUGAUGCUGAUUAUUUAUAUUUAAACGCUUUUUAUUAAAACUUUAUUUAAUAUUUAAAAAAAAAAAAACUGUACAUAUGAUACAUUUAGUAGACGUGUUUCUUUAAUUUAUAUUUCUAUCAUAUAAAUAAAUAUAAAAACAA